UAGAUACUAAAACAUGCAUUUGCACUUUCUUCGAAAACCCGGCUCUUUUGUCAAGCAUUUUACAACAUGAAGAUACCAAAACAUUUGCACUCUCUUCGAAAACCCGGCUCUUUCGUCAAGCAUUUCACAAUAUGAAGGGACCCCAAUGGCCAAUUCUCUCAUAUAUUGCUAAGAAUCCAACAAGUUUGGCAUUGAUUCCUUUAAAUGUGUCAACUUGGACAAAUGUACUCAUAGUGAUCAAGCAAAAGAUAAUCAUCAAGGUGCAUGUGAGAUGUGACAAAUGCCGGUCCAAAGCCAUGACGGUAGCCGCUGCAACAGAUGGCGUUAUGUCAGUGUCAUUACAAGGUCAAGACAAAGAUCAAGUGGUGGUGAUUGGAGAAAGAGUUGAUGCAGCUUGCUUGACAAACACAUUAAGGAAGAAGGUUGGGUAUGCAAGGUUAGAGACUGUAGAGGAAGUCAAAGAUAAACCAGCUGAAAAGAAAAAAGAAGAUGAUAAGAAAAAAGAAGAUAAGAAAGAUCCACCACCAUUUCAAUGUAUCAUGCCACCACCUUGUUGCCCACCUCAGUUUGAAUCGUAUGGAGUGGUUUACGAGCCCUAUGGCUCUCAACCAAAUUGUACUAUCAUGUGAAAUGGGAUGGACUUCAUAGAAAAUUGGUGUAAUCUCAAUGCCCCUUUUUUCUUCUUUAAUCUUUCUUUGUAACUUCUUUGUUUUGCUUUUAUUGACGUUUUGAAAAGUAUGUAGGUAGAUCUUCAACCAUGCAUGUUACUCAUUGUGCGUGGUUUACCCUCUAUUUGUGGCUUCUAGAAUUUGUUGACUUUUAUGUAUUUAUAAAUUAGUAAAUAAAGAAACAUUAAGGAUUUAUACCA